UGAACUGUUUGGUCUUUGGCGUUUGCAUCAAAGGGUUUGUUCGCUUAUUGUAUCAUUCCAAGUAAUUAUUAAUUAACUUCAUUUAAUUUCAAUAUUAAAUGAAGUUCUUCGGUGAACUCAUGUUAUUAAAAGCUUCUUGUCUAGUAAUUUGUUCUGUUAAAUUCCCCACAUUGAUUCAUAGGGGCUUGGAUUGAUUCUUUAUUCUAGCCUUUGUCAUGGAUAUGAACAUGACGGCUCGCGAGGACCUGGGCCUGGUGUGGAUGGGUGACAUGUUCCUCCCAAACGACCCGGGGGAAUUCGGCAGUCUGGAGCCACACCCUAUGGAGACACCCUACAACAGUCUUCCUAUGGAUAACAGCGGCUGCCUGGAUGACAUAUCCAACAGAGGCCAGCAGAUGGUCAGUGAUCCCUACCUCACCAACCCAAACUUGAUGUCUGAAGGAUGUAUCAAGUCUGACGUUGAAAGUUUUAUGAUGCUGGAUGAAUUCGACGAUCCUUACAUGCGAGAUGGGACAGCAAGUGCCAAGUAUGUGUCAACUGCUUCCACACAAACAACAGCCUACCUGACCUCCUUCAACAGAAAGAUAAAGCCGAUCAAACAUCCAGCACUCAAACUGCAAACACCUAUCGCCUUCCAGCGCGAUACUGAUCUCAGUGUAAUCCCCAUUCAAAAAGACGGAAUGGGCGUGUGCGAGAAGUGCGGAGCGAUAGGCGUGAAGCACGCGUUCUACACGAAGGAGAGGCGCUACUGCAGCAUGAAGUGCGCUCGCGGUCCCACCGACUCGGUGUCGGGCGAGAUGAGUGCAGAGCAGGACGACGCAGAGAUGGGCCCAAUGUCGGCCACCGACAACAAGAGCAAUGCUCUUUUUGCCACUCAAUUGCAGAGAAGUGCAGCCAACCUGGAAAUGGAUAUGAAUAAGUUGGCAAAACUGCUUCCCCCUCCACCACCACUGCAGCCAAUGGAGGAGCGUCCAUUUCCGCCCGACAAAAAAACAAUGCCUGAUCUCAUCAAUACCUACGAAUGGACGCCUCAGUUGUCCCAACCUGAUUUCAUUGCCGCGCCGGUCUCGUGCUUCAAACAUGCGCCUAUGGCUGACUGUUGGGACAACAUAACUGUUGGAAUGAAAGUGGAGGUGGAGAAUACUGACUGCGAUAAUUUUUCUGAAGACUUCCCCGACUCGUUCUGGGUGGCGACGGUGCUUAGGAUAGCUGGGUACAAAGCAUUGUUGAGGUACGAAGGGUUCGGCCAGAAUGCUGCCAAGGACUUUUGGGUGAAUCUGUGCUCCUCCAUGGUGCAUCCUGUCGGCUGGUGCGCCACUCGUGGCAAGCCGCUAAUUCCUCCUAAAACCAUUGAAGACAAAUAUAAGGAUUGGAAAGACUUUCUUGUGAAGCGACUGACUGGGGCUCGAACAUUGCCUUCUAAUUUCUAUAAUAAAGUUCAUGACAAUCUUAAAUCUAGGUUUCGAUGUGAUUUAAAUUUAGAAGUGGUCGAUAAAAAUAAAAUUUCACAAGUGAAAGUCGCACGAAUUGAAAAAAUAGUAGGCAAGCGUCUCCAUGUCUGCUACUAUGAUGCAAAUCCUGAUGAUAACGAUUUUGUGCGGAACGAAGAAUUAAGUGGUAGAUCUAGUACUGAGAAUAAGUGUACUAGGCGUUCUUACAAGUUAAGACGUAAUUCUGAACUCCCUGAAGGUUUCUGGUGCCACGAGGACUCGCCGCUGAUCCACCCUGUGGGCUGGGCGAAGCGCGUGGGCCACACACUGGACGCACCUCGCGAGUAUCGCGAGCACUGCGCCAAGGGCCUGCGUGACAAGGACGACGCUACUGAGGACCUCUUUCCGCCCCUGCCCUUCUCGCACCUGUUGCCCAAGCAGGCGCCCUUCCGCGAGGGCAUGAAGCUGGAGGCCAUCGACCCCCUCAACCUGUCCGCCAUUUGUGUCGCCACCGUCAAAAAGAUUUUGAACGAGGGCUACCUAAUGAUCAGAAUUGACUCGUACGACGAUGAGUCUAGCAACACGGCCGACUGGUUCUGCUACCACAUGACGUCACCGUGCAUCUUCCCGGUCGGCUUCUGCCAGACCAAAGGCCUGCCGCUGCGUCCGCCCAAGGACUACUCGGCCGACACCUUUGUCUGGGCCGACUACCUCGCUGUGACCGGUGCCGAGCCGGCACCUCCACACGCCUUCACCGUCGACCUUCCCGACCACAACUUCACGCUCGGUAUGCGCCUGGAGGCGGCAGACCUGAUGGACCCGCGGCUGAUCUGCGUGGGCACAGUGUCGCGUGUGAUUGGUCGGCUGCUGAGGAUCCACUUCGACGGUUGGGAGGACGACUAUGACCAGUGGAUGGACUGCGAGAGUCCCGACAUCUAUCCGGUCGGCUGGUGUCAGCUGGUGGCGCACAAGCUCGAAGGUCCUCCCCAGUCUCCGGUCAAGAACGGUGCCACAGGCCAGAAAAGUAGCACCCAGAAAGGCGUUCGUAAGCGACGUCGCGGCGGCGGCGCUGGUGGCAAGGGUAGAGGUGGCGCGCAUGCGCAGUCGACUCGACGUAGCACAAACACACAACAGCAGCAGCAGCAGUCGAGUGUGUUUGACUAUGUCGAGGACGUUAAGGACGACUGGAUCAUUCAUGCUGCGUCGACCACCACCGACCAGUUCAUCGUUGGCCAAGACCUGGAUGGAAUCGGCAGUGUUGACGAGCCAGAGAUGGCAGCCGAGCCAGUCGGGCCUGAUCAAACGUUGCCCGUGUCCAGCAAUGCAGAUCAGAGCACUCAACCCACGUCGCCUGUCAACUCUCAAGUUCCAGUUGAACAACACACAAUGCGCUUGAUCCCAAGACUGAUAGACUGCAGUGGACCACUGGACACUAAAGAUCUUGUUCCCGAUGAGUGGACUGUCACAGACGUCGGUCAAUUUUUGAGAGUCAAUGACUGUACUGCUUACUCAGAAAGCUUUACGAAUCAGGAAAUUGACGGCAAAGCACUUCUGUUAUUGACCAAAGAGAAGAUAAUGUCUCUGACCGGCAAGGUUGGCCCUUCGCUGAAAAUCUUCGAUCUGAUUCAGCAGCUCAAAAACAAAGUGAACCCGGCUGAACAGAGACGGAAGGCUAGUCUGAAGAAGCUUAACUAGAUAAUCGGUUCCAAAACACUUCCAUUCUAAUAUAGAUAACACUGACCAAACUAUAUUUACAAGUUAUAACGUUGCUGAUCUUCAAUUGUGCAGCUUUUUCAAAUGAUUUGUGAUGACUAGCAUAUAUUAUCCACUUUCCCUCACGGGUUAGUUCGCCUUUGUUGGUUACAAGCAAUAAUUGAUGUCAACCGUAGAAAUGUAGGCUCCUAUAUCUACAUAAAUUUAUCCUGUCUUAAAUAAUAAAUUAUAAAUUUAUAAUGGAAAUUUUCUUGAUUGAGGAUAAGACUAUGUAAUAUGUUAUCUUGCGCUAAGUAUAGAGGACGUUACUAUUGAGGUGUUAAUCACAUGAGAUAUUUAUUUUUUCCUACAGUUGAUGAGUUAUCGUGAAAUAGAUUUGCUAGUAGUGAUCGAUUGUUUACGUAAGUUUAAUGUGUGCUCUGAUGUAAAUAUUUAAUUUGUACUGAGAAAAUCAGUGCCGUACUACUAAUUAUUAUUAUUAUAGAUACAGAGAUCUUGUAAAUAGAUAGUAGGCUAGUUUCAAUUUUAAUCUAUACAAAAGACUAAUCAAACUCAUGUUUUUGCAUAAUAAUUAUGAAACGGUCGAUUUGAAAGAUGCAUGAAUUACAAUUAUUUUGUGGGAGGAAACUGAUUAAAGCGUGCAUUGUAAAUGAGGAUAUUGGAAAGUCUGAUUUAAAGAGAGGUUUCAAAUUAUGAUUGUGUUUAUCUGCCUUAUAAUUAAUGUACUUAUUGGUACAUUUCUCAUCGGGGUAAUCCCGGGUUCUUUUCGAUAUUAAUUUUUAUGUAUAAAUUUAAUUUUCUCAUUGAGUAUCAUAAUCAAUUAUAUACCUGAUGGAAUAUACCAAUAUUGAAUGUCGAUGUUAGAGUGGAGGCUAGUGCUUUAUUAUAUUAAUGAGAUAUGAAUCUAGACUCCAAAUAGCAUAAUAUAAGUUGGUGUGAAUUUUGACUACAUAUUUUGAACAGCAUAUUAGUGCCUUCCAAUUUAACAUUAUGUUUAACAUCAAAGCAAUUAAUUGCAGCAUUUCUUGUAUUUUUUUCAAGGUUUAUCAUUUAUUUAUACUAGGCUAUUUUAUGAUUCGAUUUUUCUUAUUUCGUGAAAACUAUUUUUAUUUAUUGACUAUGCUCUUAGAUAUUCUCUAUACUAAGAUAAAACUGAUUAUAUUUUCUCUCUCUUUCGUCAAUGUAUAGACUUCAUCUUCUGUCACGCAUUUUAAAAUGAAAGGCUAUUUCAAAACCUGUGCGAAACUUGUGCCUUUAUUUGAAAAUUAUAUAAUUUAUGUUUUAAACGGCAAUCUUUUUUAAAACUUAUUUAUUUUUACAUAUAUAUAUAUUUAUUGCCAUAGAACUACUUGUAAUAGUGAUAACAAUUCAAAGCAAUAUCUCUACAAAUUGGAAAUUGUAUGUAAGAAUUUAUGCCUGCUCUCAUUAAUGUUUUUGAGUUGAAAAUAGAUGUUAUGAAUAAUUCUUUGGCACUUUUACUCCAUGUCCGUACUAUAGUCAUGUCAGUGCAUUUUAAAAUUUAUAAAUUUUUAAUUCCUUGUCUAAAAUCUGGUCAAUCUUAGAAAGACUACCUAAUGUUUUAAAACGAAUCUCCUUAGAUUCUAGUAAAUCUCUAAUCUAAUGAAAUGAUACAUUCAUCAAUUUCUAUUUUUAUUCACCAAUUAGAAUGUAUUCAUAAUAAAAAUUCUAAAAGUUGUGCAAAUGAUUUAUUACAUUUAAUUCUUCAAAUUGUAUUAGCAAUUAGUAAACAAUAUUAAACUUCAUCCCUUUUUUUAUCAAAUCUCAAAUAUCUGACCAAAUUAAGGUAAAGAAUAAGCUUUCAUUAGAUUUCUCGCAAAUAAUACCUACAUCAGUAGAAGUGCCUUUGAGUUAAUUCAUUUAAUACGGGUCGUUCAAUCUUACCUAGCCUAACUAGGUAAAAAGAAAUCUACAACAAAAUUGAUAACAAUAUUUCUUAAUCGUAAUAUCUCUUGUGAUAAGAGCUAAAGCAAUAAUAAUUGUAUUUCUAUUGAUCAUGUCAAUGUGUGAAUUUCGAUUAGUAGCUUCACAGAAGAAUUUAGUUGAAAAUAGUGUCUCUAGCAGUUUCUGUCUGUCCUUAUGGUAAACUGCCAAGUAUAGAGCAAUUAUACCAAUAAUUAUAAACUCAUCGUGGCGUAGCCAGGGUUCCUCCCCCAAUCUAGAUCUAAGACAUGAAAAAUAUUAGUAGAUUGAGGAACAGGCAUCACACUUUUGAUAAAUUGAUCCUUUUAUAACAUGGAAAGUAUGUAAAUUUGUUGAAAAUUCUGGAGUACCUAGUUUACCAUGAAAAGUGUGUAGACUAUUUCUAAAAUCUCUUUUGAAAAUUGUGGAGUAGUUUUUUUAUUUCUUUGGUGAUUCUAAGAAAUUAUACAGGUAAUUUUGAAUGAAAAUCGAAACCUUUUUGGGAAAAUUGUUUUGUAUAAAUAUUUCUUAAGAUUCAGAUUCAUCCUCUUACUAAUACAACCCUGUGCAGGGUUUUUUACAGUGGUAUAUUCUGAUUUCCAUCUUAUAUUUUUUUAGAUCAUGGUAUAUAGAGUAAACUUGAUUAUUUAUAAAACCUUGCUCAUGAAUUAUGGUUUUGUUAACUUGAAAUUACCUAAAAAAAUCCUUAGCUUAUUCGUCAAAAAGCCUAACAAUUGUUUUAGCAAAAGCUUUUGAAACAACUACAAUUUCUAUCAUGAUUUUCCAUUCCAAAAUACAAUAAUAAUAACAUUUUGUUUUUUUAUAAUAAUAUUUAUUUUUCGACAAGAAAUAUUUUCAAAAAUUGGGGAAAACUCGCCCCUCUUUCCUCCUAAAAUGAACUCCAAGCAUUUAUACUACUAUUGUUGAAUUUAAUACUAUUCGGAUCGGUAUUGUGCCCGACCAAAAACCCCUGGUUACGUCACACUCACACUUUACAGCCCAAACCGUUCCAAAAUAUAACAAAGCAAUUUAUACAAUGAAUGUUGCGUGUAUUAAUUGUAAGGAAAAUCCAUAUUUUUUGAUCCAAUCAUGUUAAGCCACAAAUUAUUGUGAUUUGUUUCAUUGUUGUAUUUAUAGUGAGAUGUAUUUCACUUGGCAGUGUGAAAUUGAUUGGCAAGGUCAAGUCUAAAUACCUUGGACAUUUAGUAGAUCUGAACUUGUCUACUGUCAAGUUGUAUUGAAACUACUAUGAAGUUCAUACUCCAAGAACACCAAGCAUUAUUUUAAGAAUACAGCCUUGAUUUAGUCUGAAAUAAUGAUAAAUUAAUAGAUGUUGAUAGUGUUAAAGUCCGUUUCUCAUCUUUCACAACAUUAAAAUUGUUCCAUUCUACUUAGCAAUUAAAUUGUAUGUAUAAGUACAAAUUUAUGUGAGUAGUAUUAAGUAAGUUUUCAGCAGGUUCUGAAGGCAUGUGAUGAUUUCUUACUGUGUUUCUGCCUUACAUUGACUUUUAAUCUAAAUGUUUGCUGUUUUGCAUGCCAUUAUUGCAAUUAAGUGUAAUUAAUACUAUGAAAUCAAAACCAGUCGUAGUAGAAAGCUAGAAUCAAUGGAAAUAAUAAUUGAACUCUUCAUAUUAUACUCAAAGUACUAGAGUAAUUUAGUAAUUUUUUUUUCAUAAAAUUAUGAAACCAUUCCAAAUUCAUCAUUCACAAGUAUCAAAACGUCGAAUGCUAUCGAAAUCUUGAUGUAACUGAAAUCCAUUUUUCAUUUCACUCCUUGGGCCCAACUCCAAACUAAGAAGUUAUCUAAAUAUUUUUAGUGAAUUGCAAUUUAAGUAAAGCCUUAGCUUGUAAAGAUGAGAAACUCAAAGUACAACAAAAUCAGGUAUAAAUAAAUUUAAACACAUUAAUUCAAAAUUCAAUCUAGGUAGUUCAUCAUAAUUACAAUAUAUAAUGUACACCAAUUAUCAUGGUUCUAGAUGUUGUCUACGAGAAUAGUACAGUAGUUAUAAUAAUUAAUCGCCAAAGCUUUAACGAAAUUAUAUAACUUUCAAGAAAAAAAAUUGUGGUUUAGGCAAUAUAAGUGUAAAUUGAAUGAAUGAGUGAAAUAGUAUUCCUAUAUAAAUUAUUAUAUUGUGACAGAAACUGUUGAAAAAUAUUAUAUAUGCUAUCUUAUAUCCAUUGAUAAAUCAAGCUUAGAUUUGGAAGUGAAAUUGAAUACACUGUACACUACAUUCAGAGAUUUUUAAAACGGUGCGGUCUGCGGUGUCCUAAUUCAAAUUCCAGAAUUCGACCAAAAUUUCAAAUCUGUAAUGAUUUAUGAAUCAUUUUCCUGUUGAAUUCUAUCAUUACUUAUAAUACUGUAUACAUUUUUGGCAGUUUUUUUCAAUUAUUCACAGAAACAGAAGUUCAAAUAUUGAUAUUUUCUUGCUAGUCAUUAACAAAUUCUUUUCAAUAAAAACCGAAUGGAUUAGGACGUUAAGUAAUGUUUUCCUUCAUGAUUUUGGAUUUAGUUUAGCAUAUUUUCAUGUAUAUUUCAAUUUCCAAGUUUUAUUCAAUUUUUCACUUUGCUUAGAUUUAAGUUUUCAUUGGCUAACAAAAAUGUUGACUUAAUUUUCAAUUUGAAGAUAGUUUGUUUUUUAUAUUCAUGCCCAGUAAUAUCUAAUAACACUUGAAGUUGUACGGUACUUCAAAACUAUACGUUUACAUAUAAAAAUGUGUUUUUGAAUAAUUCAUUGCUAUAAUAUUAUUUCAUUGAACGAACUAUUCAAAUAUAAGUUACUGUUGUAUUUGCAAAAAAAUAUUGUCAUAAUUUUUCUAUUGCAUCAACAGAGAAGUUCAUUACAAAAGCGAUCAUAAGUUCUAAAAACUACCAUAAAAACUAUGAUAAAUGCCAAUGAGAAAAAUGAAUAUUUUUUUGUACAUUGAUCAUAAUCUUUUGUUUAGAAAUCAUCAAAUUAAUUGAAAGCAAUUCUUGAAUACGUUUGUCAUUUCCAGAGUUAAGAUUCUAAAUAAAUGAUACGGCUA